AUGUUAAGAACUUCAUCUAAAUCAAUUCAAUCCGUCAAAACUUUACAUCAAUUUGUCAGAUUUGCUUCUACAAAAUAUGAUGUUGUAGUCAUUGGUGGAGGACCAGGUGGUUAUGUUGCUGCCAUUAAGGCUGCUCAAUUAGGUUUCAAUACCGCUUGUAUUGAAAAAAGAGGAGCCUUAGGUGGUACUUGUCUUAAUGUUGGUUGUAUUCCAUCUAAAUCCCUUUUAAAUAAUUCUCAUUUAUAUCAUACUAUUAAACAUGAUUCUGAUCAUAGAGGUAUUGCUAUUAAUGGUGAUGUUACUGUUGAUUUUGAUAAAUUAAUGGGUGCUAAAGAUAAAGCUGUUAAGACUUUAACUGGAGGUAUUGAAAUGUUAUUUAAAAAAAAUAAAGUCACUUAUAUUAAAGGUGAAGGUUCAUUUAUUGAUUCUAAAAAUGUAAGUGUAAAACCAAUCGAUGGAUCUGAACCUCAAGAAAUCGAAGCUGAUCAUUUCAUCGUUGCUACUGGUUCUGAACCAACUCCUUUCCCUGGUAUUCAAAUCGAUGAAGAAAGAAUUGUUAGUUCAACUGGUAUUUUAUCAUUAAAAGAAAUUCCAAAAAGAUUAUCCAUCAUUGGUGGUGGUAUCAUUGGUUUAGAAAUGGCUUCUGUAUAUUCAAGAAUAGGUACCGAAGUUACUGUCAUUGAAUUCCAAGGUGCUAUUGGUGCUGGUAUGGAUGCUGAAGUUGCCAAAACUACUCAAAAAUUAUUAGCCAAACAAGGAUUAAAAUUCAAAUUAGGUACGAAGGUUGUUUCUGGAGUUAGAGAUGGUGAAGUAGUUAAAAUUGAAGUUGAAGAUGUUAAAUCAGGUAAAAAGGAAGAUUUAGAAGCUGAUGUUUUAUUAGUUGCUAUUGGUAGAAGACCAUAUACUGAAGGAUUAAACUUAGAAGCUGCUGGGUUAGAAGCUGAUAAUAAAGGAAGAUUAAUCAUUGAUGAUCAAUAUAGAUCCAAACAUGAUCAUAUUAGAGUUAUUGGUGAUGUUACUUUUGGUCCAAUGUUAGCCCAUAAAGCUGAAGAAGAAGGUAUUGCUGCUGCUGAAUAUAUUAAACAUGGUCAUGGUCAUGUUAAUUAUGCUAAUAUUCCAUCUGUCAUGUAUACUCAUCCUGAAGUUGCUUGGGUUGGUCUUAAUGAAGAACAAUUAAAAGAACAAGGUAUUAAAUAUAGAGUGGGUAAAUUCCCAUUCAUUGCCAAUUCAAGAGCUAAAACUAAUUUAGAUACUGAUGGUUUUGUUAAAUUCAUUGCUGAUGAAGAAACUCAAAGAGUAUUAGGUGUUCAUAUCAUUGGAGCAAAUGCCGGUGAAAUGAUUGCUGAAGCUGGUUUAGCCUUAGAAUAUGGUGCUUCAACUGAAGAUAUCGCUAGAACUUGUCAUGCUCAUCCAACUUUAUCAGAAGCAUUCAAAGAAGCUGCCUUAGGUACGUUCGAUAAAACCAUUAACUUCUAA